AAGCCAAAUGUACAGAGGAAGCAUGUCUUUGUUAUAUUGUGUUUCUCGGACUGUGGCUGCAACAGUAACAGCUUCCUACCUGAUGGACUGCAUUGAGGACAGCGUGUCCUCAUGCAGCUGUGCUGACCUUGUGACACUUUCCCUCAGUCGAUUGCUGCAGCGAACGCGUCUUUGAAUGCACCACCGCCUGUUUCACUGCCUUUUUAAUGAGUGUCCCCUCACACGGAAGCUUGUUUCCCCGGUGGUGACCAUUGUAAAGGAGUCGGGUAGUGAUGAGGACCGCUGGCCACCUGCUCCCUCUCUGGAUUUGGAUCCACGCUGGCAUCAAUGCUGUCACAGCAGGUUCUAAGUGUGGGAGUCCUCGGGUGGGGAGCCCGAUGGGUCGCUCUCUGAGGGUGGUUGGGGGAGCCCCGGCCAUUUACGGUUCACAUCCGUGGCUUGUUUCCCUACGCAACGGGGGCUCUCAUUUCUGUGGAGGGGCCAUCCUGACUCAUCGCUGGAUCCUGACCGCGGCACACUGCCUUGCAUCGCGCUCAAAAGACUUUCUCAGUGGUGUGAGAGUGGCGGUCGGAGAGUUUGACCAGACUGUAGAUGAUGAAGAGGAGCAGGUUUUUCUCAUCAAGUCGGUCUCAGUCCAUGAGAAGUACCAUCAUGCUUUGCCUUUCAGCUAUGACAUCGCUCUGGUGGAGUUGGAUCAGCACAUUCUACUAGGAGCCCGUGUCCAGCCAAUAUGUCUGCCUUUGCCUAAUCAGAGCAAUCCGCCUGAAACCAGUUGCAUUGUGGGUGGAUGGGGCAAGAUGAAGGAAAAGGGUUGCCUCCCCCGCGGUGUUGAGAGAGGUCCAGUUAGAGCUGGUGGACCCAGCGAAAUGUAAACACGUCCUUCAGACUGUGAAGGGUCCAAAAAAUGCCCAGCAGAGAGCAGCCAUGACAUUUCUGUGUGCCGGGCCAGAGAUCGGAGGCCGAGACCCCU